AUGGACCACGGACAUAUGUCAGGGACGCCAUGGCUGGACCAGCCGGUAAUGCUUCACUCGUCUCGGGAGGACGCGUGCAAGCUUACACCGGCGCAAUGCGAAUACCGCGGUGGCUACUGGAGAUAUUGGUACCACGCAGAUCACGUAUAUGCUCUCGGGACGGUCUACUUCUUCGUAGCUGUCGUUGGCGUUUGCUUUAUCGGAUUUUAUGGCCAGCGACUUGCUCCCGCGUCUCUUAGGGAAAAGACGUGGUGGCGGAAGCUAUUAGCGAGCUUUCGAUUUCUAUCGUAUCGCCGCUAUGACGCUUCUGCGAUACGAUGGCGUACUCCGGCUUUAGGGAUCGUCUUCCUUCUGGUUUCCGGCGCCGUUUUCUUCUUGUCGAUGACGCUGGGUCCAAAACCGUAUUACUGGCCGAACACGCGAACGCUUAAUUAUGGCAGUUCGCCUCCUAUCGCGACUAGGACCGGUUGGAUGGCUCUGGCCUGCUUACCUUUUAUGAUGAUCCUUCCGACUAAAUCCAACCUGAUCGCUUCCUUGACCGGGGUUUCUCACGAGCGUCUUAUCGUAUUUCACAACUGGGUCGGAUGGGUUAUGUUCGCCCUGGCUCUCGUACAUACCUUCCCGUUCGUCGUCUUUCAUAUCUGGAAAGGGGACAUGGUCACCGCGUGGAAUACUAGCGUCGUAUACUGGACAGGAGUCGUCGCUUUGAUCGCGCAAGCCUAUCUGCAGGUCUUUUCGCUCCGACUUAUUAGGGACCGAUUCUACGAAUUCUUCAAGUUAACCCAUUAUCUAGCAGCGGCAGUAUUCGUAGUAUUCUUCUUUAUUCACUGCGACUUCAGGCUGAGUUCCUGGGAUUACUUCAUCGCGACCGGAGUCCUCUACGCGCUCUCUUUCCUUUACCCCCAAAUCCGGACGUAUUUCGAAUUCGGCGUAUCCAAUCGUGCUAGCUUCGUUAUGGUUUCGGAUCUGGCUUUAAAAGUGACGAUUCCUAUCGAUACGACGUGGCGACCGGGUCAGCACAUGUUCCUUCGUUUCGUUCAUAUGGGAAUGCACGCCUUCACAGCUCACCCCUUUACCAUAUGCAGUUUACCCGCCGCGAGAGAGAGUACCGGGCAGUCGAAGCUCAUAUUUUACGUACAACCUAGAGGCGGGCUCACGGGCCGUCUGGCCAAGGCUGCCGCGUUGCGACCAGGUUUCAGCGUUCCGGUUUUGUUAGAUGGGCCGUACGGAGGGGUUCAAGGAAGACCUCUAUCCACCUAUGAUUAUAAUCUCGUCAUUGCCUGCGGCGCCGGUACCGGCCUCUCGCUGCCGUUCGUGCUGGAAAGCCUUCUUCGUUCGGCUUGGAAUCGACGCGCCGGCAAUAAGAAGCCUUGCACAAAGAUGCAAGUCGUCAUGGCCACGAGGGAUACGCAGCUGCCACGGUGGUACGAGGAGGCGAUAGUACAACAUCUAGGGGAGAGCGGGAUCGACAUGGUACCCGAAAACCUCGAUAUCUCUAUAUAUCAAACUGGGAGGCUCGAGUCUAAGAGCAACAGUACAGUGAAAGACCCCGAGUCGUCUGACGAGAAACUGGACGGAAGCCCCUCAGUAGCAAGUCGCCUGCCUAUUAAUGUAUUUUCUGGGCGCCCGGAUAUUACGACUAUAAUACGGGACGCUGCUAGUCAGUCGGGGCUUUCUGUUGGUAUCGCUGCUUGUGGUCCUCGGGAAGUCUUGAAAAUCGUGCAAGACGAGGCAGCAGCCGCCCAGCUGCGAAUCAUGAGCUCGAAGUCCGGCGCACGCGAAGUCUACUUGCAUUCUGAAAUAUUCUCGUAA